AUGCGCAUGCCUUCGUUUGUAAACAAGGUUUCGGUGCCUGCAUUCAGCUACAGUAUCACCAGAGAAUAUCCUUACAAAUGGUUCACACCUGUUGCCAUCGUGGGGGGGAUCCUGCUGACAGUGUUGUUCUCGGCUAUAAACUUCUUCUCGACCGCGUAUACAAUGGUUUCCACAACGACAACGACAGCAGACAGGCAGUGGUUUCUGUCAAGGCGAUGGCCACGCUACAUUCCAGAAGUCUUCACGAGCAAGAUACAACCUUGGUGCGAAGCUUCGGUGAUUCCGGUUCAUUCAUACUUCAACACUAAUCAGAGCGGCUUCACAUACGAACUGCUCUCAGUUGAAGAUCACCAAACCGCAGCAUUGUCUUACUAUGGUGGUUCAAUCGAAAAUUGCUGUGUCAAACAAGUUCGUGUAAAUUUCGAAACAUCGGAUUCUCGAUCGCCUGCACAAAUGAGCGUAUCUGACUGGGAGGUCACUAUCAGCUCUUGGAUUGUGUGUCUAGUCGGACAGCGAGAUAUCGGCCUCAUAACUCGGUAUGGACCAAUGUCAGGGGAUAUGAUGGAUUCUAAAGUCAGCCUUCCAGAGGGUUUCUACCGCCUUUUGUCGACGAACCGGUUGUCGACCCCAGGCCUGUAUUGGGCCGAACAACUCUUGAAGGCUUUCUGGUUGGAGACUCUCGUUGCGAUAACGAACGAAACGAUACAAGAAUCAGCCGCCGGAGCUGCAGCGUCGCGAUACAAUCUAUCAAGCGGCUACAUAAGCCUGGAGCCUGGUAGCUUUGUGCAAACGAUGGACAUAAAGAAUGAAUCAUUCUUCAGUCAUGUGGAAUGGGCGUUUCUCGACCAAGCUCGAGGGCAGAAAUAUACCGGAAUAUCUGUUGACGAAGGACUUGCCGGCCUAGUGCGUAAUGAGUCAUGGCCCAAUGUCUGGUCAGAAGUUGACCGCCUGGGAAAGGCGAUGGUGUCCGCCAAUAACUUCGAUCUUGGACAACAGUGGCAAUCGCGUUCAAAGCUGAACAUGCUCUCAACUCCCGAGUCAUUGCAGUUUUGGACAGCCAACUUUUCCACAAUCACAGAGCAGAUCCCUUAUUGGUUCAUGGCAGCAUCUGACGGAUCGCGUUAUCUGCUCACCUACAAUGACACGCAGAAGAACAACGACUCCGCCACUGGAUUUUUUGACCCCACUGCAUCUGUCAUAGCUACCACAUACAUGUGCCAGAACCCAGUGUUGAAGUCUUGGGCGAACGUGUUCGUCUCUAUCUUGGUCGCUGAUCUCGUCUUCUUGCGAACUGCUUGGUCCCUCUACAACCUGAUCGUCGGCUACUUUCUCAAGAGCCGUCACCCAGACGCCAACAUCUGCGACGACUGCCUUGCUCGAAAGAAGGAAGAAGAUUCACUCGCCAAAAAACCAACAACCACCAGUACCAUUGCCUCAACAGGCAUGAGCGAAGAAGUGAUCGAAAUGAACCAUCUUCCAGCACAAAGACCUUCGGCAGGACAACACGAAAGCACGCAAAGCUUAUUGACGCAUCGAAACGAAGAGUCACAAUCUCUCCUGGAGGUUGAAGGGCGCCAUGGAACUAAUGAUACGGGUCCUUUAGUAGUACGUACGAGUCCACUAGGCAGCUAA